UGUCCUUGAUUUCCUGAAGAAGUAAAAGAUUCUUAUUCAUACGUUUGAUUGAUAAACCCUUUUUUAGAGUUUCAGAAAUUAGAAACCAAACCUCCCCCAAAAAAACAAAAAAAGAGAGAGAAUUAGACAAGAAAAAUAGGGAGAAUAAUGGUUAAUAGCGAAACGCCGUCAUAUCAUAGUCGCCGGCGUCUCCUCCUGAUCACCGUUGGGCUUCUGAUCACGUCGAGUUUGGUUUCUUUUUCUCAUGCAGUUUCGUCUUCUUGUCAUCAUCGUCCAUCCUCUACCUCAUUUCAAGGAGUGAGGAGGCAAAUUUUGGAAGGAGGGAAUGGGACCAGAUUGGUGUUAGCGGCGGAGAGGACACAGCGACCUGACCCUCUCAACCAUUUCAAUAUUUAUGUCGAUGGUUGGAACGUUACCAACUCUCAUUACAUCGCCUCCGUUGGAUUUUCUGCAGUUCCAUUCAUAGUAAUAGCAAUCGCGUGGUUCGUAUUGCUCGGACUCUUUCUCAUCUGCUCAUGCCUCUGUUGUUGCUGUUGUGGCUGUGGCCGCCGCAACUACGGCUACUCUCGCGUCUGCUACACUCUUUCUCUCGUCUUCCUCCUCCUCUUCACCAUAGCCGCCGUGAUUGGGUCUGCAAUGCUGUACACGGGGCAAAACGAGUUCUACGGUAGCGUGGAGAGGACGUUUAUGUACAUUGUGAAACAAGCAACUGGAGUUUUGACUAAGCUAACGAGCUUAUGGGACUCGAUUCAAUCUGCUAAAGACAUUCAGCUCGAUGGACACAACCUGUUUCCUCCCGAGUUUAGAGGCAACAUCGAUCAUUUCAACAACAUGAUCAAGAUGUCUAACAUCACUUACCCCGACCGUGUCGCUAACCAGACAAUCCGUUAUCUCACCGGAGCACUAAACCCUGUGAGAUAUGUGUUAAAUGUGAUCGCUGGUGUAAUGCUCGCAGUCGCAUUCCUCGGCCUUUUGUUUUCGUUCUGUGGAUUGCGAGUUCUUGUCUACCUAUUGGUAAUUCUUGGUUGGAUUCUCGUCACAGCCACUAUCCUCCUCAGCGCCGUUUUCCUUGUAUUCCACAAUGUGGUUGCGGACACGUGUAUGGCUAUGGACCAAUGGGUGCAUGACCCAGCGGCAGACUCAGCAUUGAGUCAACUUCUUCCGUGUUUAGAUCCUAAAACCAUUGGAGAGACAUUGGAUAUAACGAAGACGAUGACUGCGACGGCCGUUGACAUGACCAAUGCGUACACGGUCAAUGUCAGUAACCAUGAUCAGUUCCCACCUAAUGCCCCUUUCUACCACAACCAGUCUGGUCCGCUCGUUCCUCUUCUCUGUAACCCACUCGACCAAAAUCACAAACCGCGGCCUUGUGCUCCCGACGAAGUCCUCUUAGCCAAUGCUUCUCAGGUUUAUAAAGGCUAUAUUUGCCAAGUGAACGCAGAAGGAAUCUGCACAACGCAGGGGAGGUUAACACAAGGUUCGUACGACCAGAUGAUGGGUGCGAUCAACGUGGCGUUCACGUUGGACCAUUAUGGUCCCUUCUUAGCUAGUAUUGCGGACUGUACAUUCGUUAGAGACACCUUCAGAGACAUAACCACCAAGAACUGCCCUGGACUUAGCAUUACAAGUCAGUGGAUCUACGCAGGACUCGCGUCGCUCUCUGGUGCAGUCAUGUUCUCACUCAUCUUCUGGUUGAUUUUCGUCAGGGAAAGACGUCACCGAUCUCAAACCAAAAAGUCUAUGAUCCAGAUGAAUAGAUUUUAAUUAGUGGAGCCAGCCCAUUAUGGACUCGGCCCAUAUUAUCACCCCUUUUUUUUUUUUUUUGGAAACGUUAAUGAUAUAUGGUUUUAAAAAUAAAGUCGUACGUGCAAAGGAAUUCGUCAAUUUUUUUUUAUUUGUUGUUUUUUUUGUGCAAACGCUCUUUUAUUGUUUUACUCGGUUUAUUAACUUUUAGAAAGUGGAUAGUCUGUAAAUCAACAACUUAUUUAGACUAUUAACUUCACUAGAUAGCUAUAAUAGUAUUGAUGUUUUUUUCCUGGUCUAAAAAUAUAAAUUA